AACGCACAUAACACAACUCAAAACAUUCAGUGUCAGACAUCUUUCGAUCAAACAAAUAAAACAUUACAACAACAAGACAAGCAACAUGGGAGAUGUAGUAGACUUUGCUUUUGUUCAGGCACCAGAACACAGGCCAAAAUCCUCAGUGAUCGUGGCGGAAGGCAUCCCUCUGGUUGAUCUGUCUCCCAUAAACUACCAAAUCGAAGACUCCAUCCCAGUUUCUUGUAUCCAAGGCUUAGUCAAAGAAAUAGGCAGUGCUUGCAAGGAGUGGGGUUUCUUUCAGGUGAUCAAUCAUAAGGUGCCUUUAGAUAAACGACAGAGGAUUGAAGAGGCUGCAAGGAAGUUUUUUGCCCUUGAUUUGGAGGAAAAACUGAAGGUGAGAAGGGACGCAGUUAACGUGUUGGGGUACUUUGAAGCAGAACAUACCAAGAAUGUUAGGGACUGGAAAGAAAUCUAUGAUUUCAAUGUUCAGGAACCCACUUUUAUACCACCUUUACUUCAACAUGAUGAUGAUCAAAGCGUUCAGUUCCAAUGGGAUAAUCGCUGGCCUCACAAUCCUCCAGAUUUCAAAGAAGCAUGCAAAGAAUAUGCACAAGAAGUGGAGAAACUUGCUUAUAAGUUGAUGGAACUUGUUGCCCUGAGCUUAGGCUUAGAGGCAAAUAGGUUUCGCAGCUACUUCACACAUAACACCAGCAAUAUCAGACUCAACCAUUAUCCACCUUGCCCCUACCCUCUUUUGGCUCUUGGCCUUGGACACCACAAGGACACUGGUGUUUUGACUGUGCUUGCUCAAGAUGAAGUUGGUGGUCUAGAAGUCAGGAGAAAAUCAGAUGGAGAGUGGAUUCGAGUCAAGCCCAUUUUCAAUUCCUUCAUCAUUAAUGUUGGUGAUAUGAUCCAGAUUUGGAGCAAUGAUGCUUAUGAGAGUGUGGAGCACAGAGUUGUGGUGAACUCUGAGAAGGAUAGGUUUUCAAUUCCGUUCUUUCUAAAACCAGCACUGUACACUGAUGUGAUGCCCUUUGAAGAGUUGCUUGGCGAUGAAAACCCUCCUAAAUAUAGAUCACUCAACUGGGGCAAGUUCCGCACGGCAAGAAUGCGUAGUAAUUUUGCCAAAUCCAAUGUUGAAAACCUCCAAAUUUAUCAUUUCAAGUUCCCAAGUGACUCAAUCUAAGUUCAUAAUUUGAUGAGUAUGUGAACUUGAACUUUAUAUACAUUGUAAAUACUUCUAGUAGUUUAACAAAUCCAUAUUUAAGAAACAUAAUAAUAAUAUCCAUCAUAUAGAAUGCAUUCUCAAAUAUUAUCCAAACCACAAGCCCACAGAAAUACUAA